CAAAUCUUUAAUAAUUAUAAUUGGCCCUCCCGCCCAAAUUCCCAACUAUAAUACAAAUCAUUAAAUCAGGUAAUGUUGGAGUUAAAAGCAAAGAAACAAUCCACCCCCAAUUCCCAAAUAUCUCACAAACCCCAUUUUGUUUAGCCCUGUUCUGUCUGUGGGGCAGAAAAUGGCGAGCUCCAAAUUGCAGGGCUCUGUAGAAACCAAGGUCAUGGCUCCGCUGGAGGUUGUGUGGAAGAUAGCAAGUGACUUUUACGAGCUACAUAAGUGGUUUCCGGGCAUGAAAUCGUGUGAAAGAGUGGAGGGAGCGCCUGAAAAGGGCGUGGGCUCUCUGCGGCGCUGUAUAACAUCCGGGCAGGAGGGCAGUGAUUCUUUUGGCGUAGAGGAGCUCAUCGCUGUGGACGAUACUAAUCAUUCAUAUACUUAUAGCAUGACAGACACCAACAUUCCGGGCUUUAAUGGCUACCAGGCUACCAUUGAAGUCUGUGAAGCGAAGGAACAGGGCAACUGUUUGCUGAAAUGGUCUUUCGAGUUGGACCCUGCCGCUGGACAUUCCAAAGAGGAUAUUGAGGCACUUUUCAGCUCCAUUCUCCCUGGCAUCGCCAAGAAUCUGGAACAGCUCGCUUCUUCACAGUAACGCCUCUAAUUUUUAUUUAUUGGGUUCAUUUCAUAUAUGUGGGGUGUUUUGCUGGGCUUCCUGUGAUGUCUGUUUUGAUAGACUUUGGUGUGUUUUUCUUGGGGUUUGAGUAAUAAUUGGCCAUGCUAAAUUUGUGCUAGACUUCUUCCACAACUGCUCGUCUUCUGUCCAGUCUCUUAAAUCUGUUUUGUCUUCAACUAAAAACUCUCCAUAAAUGAGGGUCAAUGUAAUUUUGUUUUAAUAAUCAAUAAAAAUCUGCUUUGUGCUGUAGCA